CUGAGCACUUCCCGAUCGAAAGACAACCAGACGUUCUCGCGGCCUUUUCACCACUCUUUUUGACAGAAUCAAGUCCUCAUUUGUCUGUGCCUUAUCUGUGCCUGAGAGCAUCAAAAUGCGUCUUCUUUAUGCAGAUGGACCGGGCAUCCGCCUGACCGAAUUUGCCGACGUCCCAACGACCGACUAUGCCAUCCUCUCUCAUACAUGGGAGCAGGAAGAAGUCACCUUUCAGGAUAUGAUUUCAAACAAUGCGACAGCCAAACAGGGGUUUCUAAAAAUCAAGGGCUGCUGCGAAACAGCCAGCGAGCAGGGAAUCAAGUAUUCGUGGGUCGACACAUGCUGUAUCGACAAGGCCAGCAGCGCCGAACUGUCCGAGGCAAUCAAUUCCAUGUACCGCUGGUAUCAGGAGGCCCAGAUUUGCUAUGUCUAUCUUGCUGAUGUAAAUUCGAAGUCAGAUAUAAUUCGCAGUAAAUGGUUUACACGAGGAUGGACCCUUCAAGAACUGAUUGCUCCACGGAACAUCGAAUUUCUCAACAAGUGUUGGAAGAAGCUGGGGACUAAAGAAACCCUACAAGACCUUUUAACAAAAAUCACCCGCAUUCCUCCUGGUGUUCUCUCUGGGGAAGAGGAUAUUGAGAACGUUAGUGUCGCGCAGCGGAUGUCAUGGGCUGCUCCGAGAGUCACGACCCGAGUGGAAGACCGAGCAUACUCUCUGCUGGGUAUCUUCGGUAUCAACAUGCCAUUGAUAUAUGGAGAAGGAAAAAGGUCCUUCGCACGGCUUCAGGAGGAGAUUCUGAAGGUUGUUGAUGAUCAAAGCAUCUUCGCUUGGAGGUCAGACGAUGAGAACCAUGGAGGGCUGCUGGCUACCUCUCCCGAUGCAUUUCGAGAGUCCGCUGGUAUCAUCUCAACCAACUUAUUCUCCAGCUCAGCUGGUCCUUUGACUCAAAGUAGCAAGGGAAUUCAUCUGGAGCUUCGACUGAUAGCCACUGACCAUCCGGGGCAGGGGCUCGCCAUUCUCAACUGCGUAGACCAAGCCAGAGAAAGUCACCCGCUCGCAAUACACCUUAAAGACUGGCUCAUGACGAUGGAGCAAUUUGAAAGGGUCCAAUGCUCAGAGCUUGAAUAUGUUAAUCUGAGAGAAUUAAAGCAUUCUCAGUAUCCGUUGAGAAGAAUCUGCAUCAAGCAACGACGUCAUGUCACUCCCAAACAACACAGGCCUAGCAAAGACAUCUCCGUUCUCAACACCACUAGCCACUGGCUCAAUUCCAUACACAAUCUCGUGUUGAAUUCGGCAGACGAAAAUAGAAAGAUUCUUGGGUCACUAGCAGCAAGUGGAGAUGUGGAGUUGUUAUGGCGGCUGCUCACUCAAAGCGACUUUGAUCCCGAGAGGAAGAACAAUCGUGGAAGGACAUUACUCUCGGAAGCCGUGGAGUAUGGACAUCUGCCCAUAAUAAAGCUUUUGCUAGCUCGAAGUGGCGUGCAGCUCGACUCUAACGACGAGAGCCACCGAAUGCCUCUCUCCCAUACCGCCUCAGCUGGCCAUGUACCUAUCAUCGAGCUUCUACUGGAGACCAGCAAGGUUAGCAUCGAGUCGAGAGACAAGGAAGGCUUCACUCCGCUUGCAUGGGCGGUCAAAGACAACCAGUCAGAGGCCGUGCAACUGCUGCUGGAGAAAGGUGCUUACAUUGAUUCAAAAGAUGAUGGAAAUCAGACACCAUUGGCAAGCGCCAUCGAGAGA